GCGGGACGAUGCCGGCGAGCUCGGCGCCCUCAACAACAACAGAUUGGAAGUGACCCGGCCGACACAGGACCCGACCCAAUGACACCAUGCGCUGGGCUGCAGUCCUCUCAGGCGCGGUGCUCGCGCUCCUGCUGUUGCUGCUGCACAACCCGGCCGUGGUGUCCCAGGUGUCGGAGCCCGGGUACCUGGACUUCGACAACCUGCCGGAGACCAACUUCUCGUGCGAGGGGAAGGUGAUCGGCGGCUACUAUGCGGACGUCGAGACGGGCUGCCAGAUGUUCCACGUGUGCACCAUCGGCCAGAAGGGCGAGGUGUCCGACAUCAAGUUCCUCUGCCUCAACGGCACCGUCUUCGACCAGGAGACGCGCGUCUGCGAGCGCCUGGACGAGGUGGACUGCAGCCGCACGGAGGCCUUCUACGACCUGAACCUCGAGCUGUACGGCAACAGCCCCGCCGUCGGGCACCAUGACGACGACUCGGACGACGACGAGGCCAAGGAGGACGAGCGCGAGCAGGAGUCGACGGAAGGCCCGUCGCUCGGGGACGCCGACGGCAAGCAGGGGCAGCAGGGCGCGCUGAGGACCAGCCUCGCGCCCUCCACCGCCCCAGCCACGCCGCCAACCACCCGCGGCGGGCAGGGCGGCCAGUUCGGCUUCCCGGGGUCCUCGCCGGGCACCCUGGCCGCUCUGCUCGCGCUGCAGCACGCCUUCCAGUCCACCAUCAAGGCCAACGGCGGCAACCUGCCCGCGGCCCCCAGCGCCCCCAACGCCCCCGCGGCCCCCCAGCACGACCGGGCGCCGCCGCUGUCCGCGCCGCCCCCCACCAAGCUGCUCCUCGGGGGCGGCUCGGGCCACCACUUCCCGGUCGACAGCCACCGCCUGCAGCACCAGCAGCAGCAGCUGCAGAAGGCGCAGCAACAGCAGCACCAGCUGCAGCAGCAGCAACAGCAGCAGCAGCACAUCCAGCAGCAGCAGCAGCACCUGCAGCUGCAGCGGCAGCAGGAGCAGCUGCAGCAGCAGAAGGCGCAGCAGCAGCAGCAGAGCUUCCAGCAGCAGCGGCAGCAGCAGCAGCAGCACCAGCAGCAGAUCAACCUGCUGGCUUCGACGCAGCACAAGAACAGGGCGAGCGGGCCUUCCCCCAUCGGCCACCACAGCCGGCCGUCCCUCACGCCGCCGCGCGGCUUCGGGCUGCCCCCCUCGGGGCCCUCGUCGGGGCCCUCCGGACCCACCCCGCUGCGCCCCGCCACCCCGAGGCCCGGGGCACAUGCGGUGCUCCCCGCCACGCUGUCGCCGCUGUCGCGGCCCAAGCCCACGCCGAGCCCGCCAAGUCCGCCACCAUUCAGGCCGUUCGGCGCCACGCCCAGCGGGCCCAGCCCCACGCCCGAGUCAGCGUAUCUCCUCCACCAGCUCAAAGUCAACCAGCAGACGCAUCAGCAGCAACAACAGCAACAUCACCAGCAGCAUCACCACCCGGGGCCGCAGGCCGAGCACGGCGACUACUUCGUGGGGCCCGACGACCGCGGCAAGGCGGACGAGGAGGACGAGGAGGACGACGACGACCUCGAGGACGAGGAGCCCGAGGCGCCGUCCGCGCCGGCCAAAUCCGUGGUGCCGCGCCUGAGCCAAGGCUUGAGCCAGGGCUUGGGGCAGGGCUUGAGCCAGGGCCUGAGCCAGGGCCCGCAGCAGUCGUUCUCGUCGUCCGUGCAGCACCCCGCCGCCAAGCAGGGCGGGCCGCCCGCACACUCCUCCAUCAGCUUCAAGCCCUUGUUCGCCUCGCCGGGUGCCGCGCCCGGCGUGGCCGUCGUCUCGUCGACGAGGACGUCCUCCUCGUCGUCGUCUUCCUCCAAGACGGUGUCGUCGGCGUCCUCGGGCCCGAGCGGCCCCGGCGGUCCGCCGACGGGCAGCGCGGCGCUGCGGCCGGGCAAGCCGCACCAGCAGCACGACUCGAUGCACCCCAGCGAGGUGGACUACGAGCGCUUCCUGUUCGGCCCCGUCAACGGCACCGACGUCCAGGACGCCGCCGACGCCGCGGACGCGUACGAGGACUACCGCGACGACGUGGAGGACGUGCAGGACGACCCGUUCUUCGACGACGUGCCUCGCGUGAGUGGCGGCCGCAGCCGCACCAAGCGCGCGGCGCAGCACCAGGACGACGACGCCGUGGCCCCGCCGCACCACCAGGACCACCAGCAGCAGCGCGUCAGCCGCGGCCGCGUGCGCGCCUCCUCCAGGGCCAUCUUGUUGGAGCAGCGGGGCGUGACGAGCACCGCGGCCACGCCCGUCGGUUAG